AAGCGCAGAGGGUUUUUUGAUUCUUCGGUUUGCGUUGGCAUCUAUUGAAGGUCAACCGGUCCUGAUGUCGUGCAUCAAAAAGCUUAAGCACGACCAAAAGGUUCUGCAGGAAAUAUUCCCAAAGUCCCACCCAAGAUUCCGAGUUAUAUCAUGUACUCUGGAUGAAAUAUCGUGUUCCUUUAUUUGUGAUAACUGUUAUUUGGAGAUUACAGGUAGCCUUUUGGGUUCAUAUCCGCAAUCAUCUCCAAUAUGGUUUUCCGACUCCGACGAUACAUUUAUAACACAAAUUUUUCGUGGACUGCAAACUGUCGAACCAAGCAACUAUACGAUUGAUCGUCAAGUAAAAAUACUUGUAACUGAAUUAUGUCGGUACAAAAAUUUACCCAGCCCUCCUGAAUUAAAUAAUCUCUGUCCAGAUUUCAUUCCUGAACCUUUACAGCUUCCAGUUGACACUAUUUCUACCGUUGAACCUCGUCAAGAAUCUUCUGGUGAUGGGAAUAGCGAUGCAGAAGAUACUGGUUUCGAAGAUGAAGAUGUGAUAUUGAAUGAUCCAUUUGAAGUUUCUAUUACGGGAGACGAUCGUCCUGAAUACGAUGGUAUUUCAUCUCAAGAUGCUGAGCAGUUGGAAAAACUCAAGGCCACACAAAUACAAGGCGUUACUAAAGGUUCAAUCCAGUCAUCUGACCGUUUGAUGAAAGAGUUAAGAGAGAUUUAUCGAUCAGACAGUUAUAAACAAGGUAUUUUCACUGUUGAACUACAAAAUGACAGUCUUUAUAAUUGGAAAGUUAAAUUAUAUAAAGUUGAUGAAGAUAGUGGAUUGCAUAAAGAUCUUCAAGAACUAACAAAUCAUCCAAAAUUGGAAGAUCAUUUAGGAUUACAAUUUCUAUUCACAGAAACCUAUCCUUUUGAACCUCCAUUUGUACGUAUUCUCUAUCCAGUAAUUGAAAAUGGUUAUGUUUUAGCUGGUGGUGCGAUUUGCAUGGAAUUAUUUACUAAACAAGGUUGGUCAAGCGCCUAUGAUAUUGAAUCAUCUAUUAUGCAAAUAGCUGCAACUUUAGUAAAAGGUCGUGCACGAAUAAAUUUCAGCGCAACAAAUGAUCAAUAUUCACUUCGCCGAGCUCAACUUUCCUAUCGAGGUCUAGUUCAAAUUCACGAAGAAAGUGGUUGGUACACCCCACCAAAAGCAGACGGUUAAAAAUAUUCCCAUCAUACUGUUAAUGAACAUUGUCUGUAUGCAUUUUAUACAGACAACAAACAAUAUGUCAUCCAAACUACUAUAUAUAUAUACACACUUAUAUAUUCAGAGGACAAACACACAACCUUUUAUCAAGGAAUGAUAACAUAGGAUAGUUUCCUUUUAUGUGUUUGGUUUUUUUGCAUUUCCACCCACUUAUUCUGAUGUGUUGUCCUUUGAUUGUAUGUGUGUGUGUGUGUGUGUGGAGUGUAUUGUGUUUGUCUACACACGUGAUAGAGUAUCUUUCUGUACUCAGUGUUUCUAUGACAGUCUAUAUCUUUCUUUUUCUUUUUCUGACGAAAACAUUCAUAUGUAUAUUGUGUCUUGGUUUAUUUCUCCUUUUUUUCUGUAUACACAUUCAGUCCCAUACAUACAUAGUAUUUUAUCCCUUCAUGCUACACUUGCAUACUCUUCUUUCAAGCUAAUCAUAUCUACCGGCUAUCGAUAGAUAUAUAUUUAUAUAUAUAUAUACAUAUAUACAUAUAUCACUUUUGUUAAUAUCAAUGAUCUUAAUAUGCUUGCUUCCCUUUAGACUAGAACAUUGUAUUAUUUUUAUCUUAUUGUUUUAACCUUUUCUCUUUAAACGUAUACAAUAGUUUCAUAGACAUACAUUUUUUUGGUUUACUAUAAUUUUUAUAACUUCUUUGUCUAAUCUUGUACAUGUAUAUUAUUAUUUCUCUCACAUAUGGACUAUAAAUUGAUCUCAUCUAUCUAUCAGGUGUAAAUGAUAUCAUUUAUGCAAAAUAAGAAUGUUUUUUUUUCUGACGUUUCAUAAAUUGCACAAUUUAUCUUUUUUGAUUUCAACAAAAAAGUGAACUAACAACAUUGAACAGUUUAUUUAUUGUCUCUCAUUCCUUCCACUUCACAACCAUUCUCUUUCUUUAUCAUAUUCAUGAUAGGUUUUCAGUUGCUUUUGUUGUCGUCCUCGUCGUCUCCACAAGUGUAUACAUUUAGUGUUUGUCUACAAGAACAACAUGAAUUCUUUUUUUCCUUAAUUCCAUAUUCUCUCCUUUGCAGUGGUUGUAAUCUCCAUACUCUAAUGCACAAAAAAAUUAUUGAUGAAUAUCCAUUGUCUUCCAUGUUGUUCAUGUGUUAUUUGUGUUUAUUUUCGGAUUAGUCUAUUGAAAUAAUGACGAAUUAUUGAUGAAGUAGUCUAUUUUCUUUUUUUUUCAUCAUUGACUCUUUUUUUUUCUCUUAUUUUAUUUAUAUAAAACAUGUCAACAUUGUUUUUGUUCACUUCAAAAAAUUGAACAUGUUAAUAUAAUAAUAGGAAGGAAAAUAAAGCCAGAGAACAGCAACAGUUUGAAUAAUAGUCAAUCAAUGUAAUUCACUUGCAUCUUAUGAUACAUUUUGUUUUUUGUGUGUAAUUUAACUCUGUCUCAUUUCUAAUUGCUUAUACACACUAUUUGAUGUGAUAUUAUUAGUAAUGGUGAUUAUUCUUCUAAUAUGCUUAUCAUUGUUGUGUUCCUGUAUAAAAAUUGAUUAUAUAAUGACUGUUUUUAUUUAUUAGAUAAUUAAAAAUUUCACUUUUUUUUAUUGUGUGAAUUGUAUUGUUUGCUGUGUGUAAAUGAAGUUGUUUUAUAUAGUUAGGAUUAUCCGAUUGUUAUGCUC